UCAGUAGAGCGGUGUCUGACAGCCUGCCUGCCCGGGCCAGCAGCUCUCUUGGCCGGCUGGGAAAUCCGACAAGGGUUUAUCCAAGACGGAGCGGAGUAAAGAACGGAAAGCAGAGGACUGGCAAAAACCGAAGCGGGGUGUUGAAAGUACACGACUAGUUGUUUUUGUUUUUCCUUCAUGACAUGAGGAACAUGUUUUGGCUGUAGCCUAAUUGGACUCAGAGGUGGAAGAGGAUAGUAUUUUUUACAUUUUUCUCCAUCGCUUUCCCUGCGGAAGGACCAGUCGUACUCCUGCUGCUCUGCCGCCGCUACUCUCCACAUCCUUAGAGCGGGUCGGGCUCCGGAUAAACGUGUGUGGAUGCUGUGGUGCUUUCUCUUACAUGUUUACAUUGCAUAUCAUAUAUGGAGAGGGGAGAUAAACUAGUAAAAUAUCAGGAAACAACAGUGAAGCAGCGACAGGAACCAAAGUAAUUUAUUAAGUAGUCAGGUAGAAGAAGGCUGUGACGGACACAAGGAACAGGAGAGAGAGGAGAGGAGGAGUCGCAGCAGGAGGAAAACCAAAAGCCUGCAGGUUUGUUGAGCCUGUGGGGACGAGGACGAGGAGGGACGUAACACAUCCAAGGUGUCACUGUGAUUAGAGGAGAGGGAGCUGGAAGAGGAGAGACAUUAAAGCGCAGGUUGUUUCCAAUCCAAGGAGGCGGUGAUGGCGGGUAAAGGCACCGGGGUUCACACACUCCGUCAGCCGACCGCAGCCCUGUCGGCAGCCGCAGCAGCAGCAUGAGGAGAAGGAGACUAGAGAGAGUAAACACAGAGGAGCUGACCCUUAUCAUAUCCUGAAGGAGACGAGACAUCGAGCAUGACCUUGUGUUUGUCUACAGUGCCAAAGAAGAGCCAGGGAGGAGCCUCCAUGGCCAGAAAAUCAUCGCCUUCCUAGCUCCAUCAGGAGCCCUUUUAACCCUGCUGCAAGCUGCACUGGGGGGCUCAAACAUUCCCCUGACUCCACCAGGAGGCUCACUCCAACCCAUCUGCCAGCUCAGAUAACCCUCUGACUGUUGGCAACCACAUGUUUGAGGUGACUGUGUGUGACUGCCGCCGCCGCCCAUUCUCGAGCAGCAGCAGCAGCUUCCUGCGACCCCGAUCUGCAUCAUGCAGUGGAGACGGCGGCACUGCUGUCCCAUCAAGAUGACCUGGACCAUCAAGCGUUCCCUCUUCCGGACCCAUGUGGCCAGCCUUCUCUCACUGGCUCUGCUUUUCACCCUCUUCUUAUUUUUCAGCCACCAGGAUUGGCUGCCGGGACGCAGUGGGCCCCGGGAAAACCCGCUGGCCUACACCGUCAGGGGCUUCCGCAGCCCCAAGGGAGAAGCUAACCAGAGCAGCUCCCUGAGGAGCCUGUGGAGGGAGACGGGGUAUGUAGCGCCAAAGCCUCUGCUCAACCUCAGCUCUCAGCAGGCGGAUGGGGCGGCGGGGGAGGCAGCAGGAGGCGGAGGAGGAGGAGCCAGGAUGGGCGUAAUGGGGCUUGGGGACUCCAUGAGCACUAACAAUAGUUUACAGAAGGAGAUGGGUGUGGGAGGGAGGCUCAGCGCUCAGCCCUACCGCUACAUCCUGAACGAGCCCUUCAAAUGCAGGGACAGCACGCCCUUCCUCAUCCUCCUCAUCGCUGCAGAACCUGGCCAGGCCGAUGCCCGCAAUGCCAUCCGCCAGACAUGGGGGAAUGAGAGCAUAGCGAUGGGCCUGGUGUUUGUCCGUCUUUUCCUGCUCGGCACAGGAAAGAGCUCAGACAUCUACCUCCAGAUCAGCAUAGAGGAAGAGAGCCGCACUCACCACGACAUCAUCCAACAGGACUAUCAGGACACUUACUACAACCUGACCAUCAAAACCCUGAUGGGAAUGAACUGGGUGGCCACAUAUUGCCCACACGCCUCCUAUGUGAUGAAGACAGACAGCGACAUGUUUGUCAAUACUGAGUAUCUCAUCCAAAAGCUGCUGAAGCCCGAGCUGCCUCCCAAGCAGAGGUACUUCACUGGUUACCUGAUGAGGGGCUAUGCACCAAACCGAAACAAGGACAGCAAGUGGUAUAUGCCGCCAGAGCUGUACCCAAGCGAGCGCUACCCAAUAUUCUGCUCAGGCACGGGGUACGUGUUCUCAGGGGACAUGGCCGAGCUGAUCUAUCAGGCCUCUCUAAGUAUACGCAGGUUGCACCUGGAGGACGUUUACGUGGGGAUCUGCCUGGCGAAGUUGCGCAUCGACCCGGCCCCACCUCCCAACGAGUUCCUCUUCAACCAUUGGCGGGUGUCUUACUCCAGUUGUAAGUACAGCCACCUGAUCACAUCCCAUCAGUUCCACCCCAAUGAACUCAUCAAGUACUGGAACCACUUGCAGAGCAACAAGCACAACGCCUGUAUCAACAUGGCCAAGGAAAAGAACGGCAGGUACAGACACCGGAAGUUUCACGGAGAGAGGCCUCCUUGAUGCAUCCUGUGACUACCACCCGCCUCAUAAAAGGGAGAUGGGCGCACUGUAACUACAGCCGGUGGAGGGCAUAUUGAACUCAGCACUAUACACUAUAUGGGGAAAAGCACAUUGUUUUUGGUAUUGUGUACAGUCAAUGAUCCAAACUAUUUUUUUAAUUUGAGAAAAAAAUUAUUGUAAACCUGUUGAGCUAUUUCUAAAAGAUUGAAGAUUGUCUGUGAAGUGGAGCGUGCACAAAAAGUGCUGGUACUCAAGAGCGGUGUUUAUGAUAAUUCAUGUGCCAACAGAAAGGUGGUAAUUCAUGCUACAGUUAAUGUGAGGGCUCUCCUCUAAAGAGUAGUUAAGUAUUUCACACUUUACAAAUCUAAAAGAGACACAAUUGUGUUUACACAGACAAACAGAAAUGCACAUGUAUUUUGUGAAAAGUUACACUACCUAAAUAUGAAUGAAAGUAUAUUUGACGUUGACCAGUUAUGCUGCCCUGAUACUCAGUGUUUACGUUACAGAUCUAUCAAAGAACAUGACUCUAAAGAGAAGGUUUAUCUGUCAUAUACUGUAUUUUAUUUUAAAAAAUCUACAUGAAAGCACUCACGUCACGUCAGAGAUGACUGAGAUUGUAUUUUUUAAAGCUUUACAUUGAGUAUGACUCUGCACUUGAGCAAAUGUGCAAUGAAUUAAUUAACAAUUAAAUGUACUGAACUCAA